AUGGCUUUUCGGCAUGAGCUCAAGAAACAGUCAAGUUCAACUAUCUCUAAAAAUGAUAAUAAGGAACUAAUAGUGCAUACGCCGCCAAAGAUGACAGAGUUCUCGGAGGUAUUAUCCAGUAUACAUGCUAUUUUGAAAGUAGCAUCCUCCAAAUGCAAGGUUUUGGAUGAAAGUUUCCCAGCUAAAUUCUUUGACCCUAACCCAGAUAAAAUCUUUGAUUCUUACUAUAAGUUCAUUAAAAAUAGGAGUAAUAAUGAAGGGAUCAUCAAAAAUGAGGAUAAAUUAGCAAUGACAACAAUUUCACAACAAUUUGAAACGGGAGAAUAUUCAGCAGAACGCGGUGGAUUUUACAGAUUAUACCAUGAUAUAAACUUAGUUUGUAUGAUGUUAAUUCAUUACUACCCUCAAGGAACUAGAAAUUACCAAAUGGUGGACAAGUUUAGUAAGUUCGCUACGGAAUUAUUGCUAAGAGAAUGUUACAGAGUGGGGGUUUCUUUGAUGCAAAUCGAUCCUGAAGAAUAUGCAAGUAAGCCAGAGGAGAAAACUGAACUAGAUAGGAUAGUAGCACGAGAUUUCAUCAAGAUAUCCACUAAUUACAAAGUACCUAUUGCUAAGACUUAUCACAUCAAGACGAAAGAAUCAGAACUUUUCUCCUCUAUUAUAGGUAAGUCUAGCCUUGAUAGAAGGCCGCAAGAGUUGCCUAACAGCAACUUUGAAAUCAAUAAAAUUAUCCUCCAGAGUAAUAUGUGUGAGGAUGCACCAAGGCUAGGAUUCGUGGCCGCCAACACUAGUAAUGUGCCAGAUCCUACUUUACCCCCCACUGAAAUGAUGACGAGAUUUUUACAUCCUAAUUGGUAUGCUUUACCUACAACGAUGUGGUUAGAAUAUGGUGACUACAAAUCGUGGGUUCCUUCGUUCAACGAAAAUGGGACAGUGAUAGAUUCCACCACAAAAGGGAUAAUUUGGUUGGAAAGAGUAGGUUACAUGGAGGCAUUUUCCAACGGCAACGAAGAGAAGGAAAACGAAAAAGAAGAGGAACAGAAUGACAAAACUGAGAAAAAGGAAGAGUCUGAGGCUGACGAUUCUGAAUCUAAAGAACCUGAAACCACUAAGCCUGCUGAAGAGGAUGAUGCUUCAAAGGAUGUACCUUCGGAAAAUGGGAAGCCGCAAGAAGUUUCUGAUUCUGAACCACCAGUGAUUAAAUUGCAAAAUCUUUUGCAGUGGUCUCCAGCUAAUAGUUUGGACGAAGAGUCCAUAUCCAGUUUCAAGGAGGGAUCACAGUCUCAAUUAAUCUCCAAUACCCUUUUACAGAUCCAAAAGAUGAGGAAGACUAGAAUAAAGAAUAAGAUAACCAAGCCAUCUGUGGAGGAGACGAGACUUUAUAAUAAGACAAGACGUCUAAUGAAAGAAGUUAUUUUGGCCAAGCAGACUUCUGGACUGCCGAUGAAUCAUUGCAGAUCAUUCCCAGUACUGCAGGCUAAUUACAAUGGUAGUGUACCUGUGGUAAGGACCCAACCAACAAGAAAGAGAAAACACAAGAGGGUGUAA